AUGGCCGAAACUAAGAACCUAGGCGAACCCACAUUUCCCGUGAAGCGUAAACCCGAUAUCAGCUGCGAGGACCAGGCCGACUACCCUAAGAAAACCCAUAAGCUUGAAGUUUCUGAUAUUAGUUCGUCGCUUGCCGAAGGAAAAACUCAAGACCCAGAAAUUUUCGACCAGAAUUCCUGUGUGGCCGAAGAGAAAAACGAUAAAUUUGAAGCCAAUGCAGACGAAGAAGAUUUCGUAGAAGACGACGACGAAGAUGAAGACGGUGAAAAGUCUAAUGGGAAGGCUGAGGUGGAUCGCAAGGGAAAGGGGAUUAUGAGAGAUGACAAGGGCAAAGGGAAACUGAUAGAAGAAGAUGACGAUGACAGUGACGACGAUUCAAGCGAUGGUGGUAGCGAAUUCGAAGAUGGCGAUAGUGAUUUAUCGGAUGAUCCUCUUGCGGAGGUCGAUUUGGAUAACAUUCUUCCUUCGAGGACUCGGAGACGGCAGGUUCAGCCUGGGGUUUACAUGGCUAAUGAUAUUGGAAACGACGAAGAAGAUGAUAGUGAUGACAGCGAUGCUCUGAGUUGA